AUGAUCAUGCUAACUUCCACGAUAGCAACCCAGACUCUAGCCGCCCAGUUGUGUAGUGAUGUGUACAAGGCCGACCCUGCGCUCGGUACUUCGGUGGCGGCAGCAGUCGCCCAAGCUAGCUCCGCUGCUACAGCUGAAGAAUCGCUGGACCCAGUGAGUGAGGCCAGCUAUCCGACAUGUGCUCAAGAGUGUCACCAACAAAGCUUUGCUGGCUCUAGCAUCAAGAGCCUUUCCGAUCUUCGAUUUUGCACGGACACCGCCGCUCAAGAGAUUGGUACCCCUUGUGCAAGAGCGAACUGUAGUGCUCCUGACUUGUACACCACCGCAGCACUCACUUUUCGACUCUGUCGUAGCGUCCUUGUCAAAGUCAUCAACACGAAUACCACGGCUACGCCGACAGCCAAUCUUACCGCCGUUCCUACGUCCUCUCCCAUUGCGUUCGCCGGAGGGUCAAGCAGAAUCUCUGGAGAUAUACUAAUGGCAAUAUCGCUUGUGCUUGGGGCACUGGUUAUAUCUGUAGCCGUCUAA